UCUAUCAGUGACCUGAUCGGACAUGUAAACCUUACAAAGUUCUAUCGAUACAUGGGUUCCCUGACAACUCCAAAAUGCAGAGAAGCAGUCGUGUGGACGGUCUUUCACGAACCAAUCAGUGUAAAGAGUGAUGAGUGCUCAUUCAUGGUGCUACGAUGAUCACUGUGACCUCAGUCCGUCUCAGUGGCAUCUUCUUCCUGACUCUUACUGUGAUGGUGAACGCCAGUCACCCAUCAACAUUGACACAGAAAAUGUGGAAUUGGAUGAAAGUCUUGACUCCUUCAAAUUUACAAACUUUGACGACAAGCAUGCUAUCAAGUACAUCACCAACACUGGCCACACAGUAAAGUGUGUAUUAAAGGACGAUGUGGUGGAGGUUUCAGGGGGAGGUUUGGAACAUGAUUACUCCACACUACAGUUCCACUUUCACUGGGGCACCGAAUCACAAGACUCAGAGGGUUCAGAACACACUGUGGAUUCAAAAAGAUACCCUAUGGAGAUGCACAUUGUGACCAAGAGGAAGAAUUUAACACUAGAUGAGGCCUUAAAGAUGCCUAAUGGCCUGGCAGUGCUGGGAUUCUUUAUUGAGGUUUCACAUGCAAGCAAAAGCAGCUCACAUUUGAAUGAAGCUGCACACCCCUCAUCAAGUCCAACAUCUGGCAUGGAAGCUUGGAAAAAACUAACUACCUACCUCCCAGCCGUCCAAGAUAUUAACUCUAAAUUUGAAGUCACAGAUGAGAUCUCCAUUGAUGACUUGCUGGGGAGCGUGAAUCGCCAAUCAUACUACCGCUACAACGGCUCCCUUACAACCCCUUCAUGCAAUGAAGCUGUUGUUUGGAUGGUGUUUAAGGAGUCUGUCAAGGUGGACCAUGACCUGAUGAUGAUGUUCCCAAAACAUGCAGAAUAUCACAACGUAUAUUGGUCAGCCCAGUCUCUGCACGCCAGAAAACUUCACACCACAAAGGCUUCAUCUGCAUCCAGUUUUCCAGGACCCAUCCUCCUCUAUAUGCUGCUCUCCUGCCUUUGUGUCCUUUUCAGGUGAUCUGGGCCUGUGAAGAUCUAUUGUUAAUUUUGCACUAUUCAUCCAUCUUUAUAUACUUGCAAAAUGCUUGGACAGUGACACUGACCUUGUUUAUAAAAAGACUAUCACCACUUUGAUUCUGCAAACACUUAAUAGACAAGAAUAUCAGCAAUCAUGCUUUGGGGUGUUAUUCUAUUGUAUUGGAUUCUAUUGAAAUCUAUUCUAUGCUACAGUCAUUUAGCAGAUGCUUUUCUUCAAAGCGACUUACUUCUGAGAGUAAGAACAGUACCAGUGAGAAAUCAAACAGAAUGGGACCCAGGUGCUGUACUGUAGUUUUUUCCCCUCUCUACAAUAGUCUUUUGUUAAAUUACGAGGUCAUGUGUUAUCCUUUACAUACUGUGUAAAAUGUCAUGAAACCGGGGAUUGUGAGUGUGAUUUCAAGGCUACUUUUUAUUACAAUGAGCACUAGAUGUACAGUUUGUUGCAUGUUUUGUUUGCACAGGUCAUGAAAUAUAGAAAUGCAUGGCAAAAGUAAAGUAGAAUACUGACAAUAUUUUAGAGACUCAACUAUUAUAAGAGGGACCAAGCUGCCUUCCCUCAACGACAUGACUUCAGGGUAAAGAAUUGGUCUGUUGUGCUGAUUUUGUGUGGGUAUUUUUUUAUGUGUACAAAUAAAUACAUAAUAAAUACAAAUAUUCAAGGUACACCCUGGACAAGUUGCCAAUCUAUCGCAGGGCAAAUACAAACAUAUGCAUAUUAAAUAGAUUUUUUCUGUCCUCUGAACAAUUAAUGUUCUUUACUGAAUUCCAAAAGCCUAUAAUAACAACAAAAGCAGCAAUACUCUUCACUCUGCAUUUGCACCCUGCUUCCACACCACCAUUCUUACACAGCCUGUAAGGCCUAAAGUGGUCCUGAAGUGCGUACAUGAAGUUACUACUAACAUUUUUUUACAGCCUGAAGAUGGCCGAGCUCUUUCUUAUUCAAACAAGUAAAAAACCUGUUCCUAUCAAUUAAAUGAGAAGCUUGAGUCAUCGUCUGAAGUUUGGCCUUUGACGGCAAAAGGGUUCAGCUUUGCAAUGUUUCUCAGAUGAAAGAAACUAUUUAUAAUUAUCUGUCAAGGAUGAUGUUCCAGAGACAUUCCUAAGGCUCUUGUUUUAUUAGCAGCUAUACAACCUUUUUUUUCAUGUUUCUCUAUUCAUGUACUGUAAGAAGGACUUCCCAGUUUAUAUAUAGCCAAAUACUUCGUUAAAGUGUGCUUUGGAAAUGCAUGUUUUCCUUGACAGGGUGCCUCGUUACAAAACCCUUUCAGAACCUUGAGUAAGAAAAGUUAUGAGAUCUCCCAUGCUUACCGGCCAGUGCUUGUAAUGGAG